AUGAAACGAUAAAAUUCUGCUAAUGUUACAGGGAGUCCAAGUCGAUAUUUCUCAACAACCUAAAUUUAAUUUGCAGAUAUACUUAAAUAGAUCACAUAAAAUUGCAAUAAUAAACCAAUCAAAAAAGCUAGUAGUCCAAUUCCAAAUGGAUAAUUAUAGAAGAGAAUCAAAACAUAAACUAGUUGCUCAAAAAUACCAAAUCAUAAUAAUUUUAAUAAAAAAGCUAGUUCAAGUGUACCUAAAAAUAGAAUUGAGUAUUUUACAAUACAAGAAUAAAUUGGAUCUGGGAAAUUUGGUAAAGUAUACAAAUGUAUAUUGAAUUCAACUAAGAAAAUAUAUGCAAUAAAGAUGAUUGACAAACAGCAAUUAAAGAAGAAUUAAAUGAAUCAAUAGUUGUAAAGAGAAGUGACUAUUUAAUCAAUACUAAAACAUCCAAAUAUAAUUCAGUUAAUCGAAUAUUUUGAAACCUAAAGUAAUUAUUGUUUAAUUAUGGAAUAUGCCAAUGGAGGAACCUUAUUCUAAUCUUUGAUGAAAUAAAAUAAUAAAAGAUAUUCAGAACCUGCAGCCUCAAAUAUGAUAAAACAAGUUGCUUUAGCAAUAUAAUAAAUGCAAAAGUAAUCCAUAAUUCACAGAGAUUUAAAACCAGAAAAUAUAUUAUGGUGUAAUGGAGUACUCAAAAUUAGUGAUUUUGGUUGGUCAAUUCAAGAUAAAAAAGAAAGAGAUACUUUAUGUGGUACUAUUGACUAUUUACCUCCAGAAAUGGUUUAUGGAUAAUCUUAUGAUAAUUCAAUAGAUUUAUGGUCAUUAGGAGUAUUAACCUUUGAAUUAACAACAGGUAAGACUCCCUUUUAAAUUCAAGAAGGAUUUGCAUUGUAAUUUCCUGAUCAUUUGUCAGGUGAUGUAAAGGAUUUAAUGAAAGGGUUAUUGACUGAUAAAAAGAAUAGGAAAUCAAUAGAUUGGGUAUUAAAUCAUGUUUGGUUAUGUUGA